ACCAACAACACCGACGUCCACAGGUUAAAGACCAAGAAAUGGCUCCAAAGCCUGCAGAGAGGGUGGUGGGAAGUGUCAUAAGAACGAGGAAGACAGUGAGAGUUUCUGUAAUCACAGGAAGCAGCAGCCCCACGGUGAAGAAGACGGCCAUCCCCGUUGCAGGCAAGGUGCAGGAGCAACAACGACAAGAACCAGCAGAAGAAGACAAGAACACAUCAGAAGAAGAAGAAGAAGAAGUAAAAGAAGAGGAAGAAGAUCAAGCCAAAAAACAGCAGCAGAAAACCCGACGAGGAGGAUGGCAAACCAAUGGGGAUCAUCGUCAGGAAAACGAAUCGGAGGAAGAUGCGGUACCACAUAGGAGGACGGCGGCUGCAGGCGGCGGCGGCAAGAAGGCGAAGAAGCGGAUGAAGAAGAGAGGGACGAGAAGUAGCGGUAGGGAUGAUAGCCGGGUCUACAAGAGGUACGUGUACAGGGUGUUGAAGCAGGUGCACCCUGAGCUGGGGGUCUCCUCCAAAGCCAUGAUGGUUUUGAGCAACUACAUGAGCGACAUGUUCGACCGGUUGGCCGGAGAGGCGGCGAGGCUGACCAAAUACGCUGGCAGGAUGACCCUAUCGUCAAGGGAGGUGCAGGCGGCGGUGCGUCUGGUACUGCCAAGGGAGCUUAGGAAGCACGCCGUUGCAGAGGGGACCAAGGCUGUCACCAUCUAUAUGUCGUUCCGCUAAGCCUUAUGUUCUUUAAUUUAGUAUAGUAGUUUGUGUGUGUGUUAAUCAAGGGAGUGAUAUAUAUGAUAUUUGGACAAUGUAAGUGGGAAUUUUUCUCUUUUUUCUUUUCUUUUUUUUUUUUAUUUUUAGAGAAUUUGUUCUCUUUAAUUUAGUAUAAUAGUUUGUGUGCGCGCGCGCGCGCGUAUAGAUCAAGGGAGUGAUAUUUAUGAUAUUUGGAUAAUGUAGGUGGGAUUUUGAUGCCGGCUGAGCAGGGAAGUUCUUUGUAAAACUUUUAAUAAGCUGCUACUUUCGUAUACAGCUAUGUUUGUAUCUCCAAAUAUUAUGUAUAUUAAAGCUUGACAUACUUGUUGAUA